AUGGUCUCCCGUACGAACCGCCUUUACUUCCGUCGCCUCCUCCGCUCGCGCUUUCCCAAGAUCGUUUUGGUCCUCUUAGUCCUCGUAAAUAUCCUCGACGUUCUUCGCAUCCACAAAAACCUCCUCGAUGCCGACCGCACGCCAGCUCCGAAGCUCUCGCAGCCCCCGGAGCGAAUCUACAUCGCCAGCAUGCACUUCAACAACGAGCGCGUGAUACGAGACCACUGGGCUCCUGCGGUGAUAGAGCUAUCCAAGACCCUAGGGAAAGACAAUGUGUUUGUCAGCGUAUACGAGAGCGGGAGCUGGGAUAAGACAAAGCGCGAACUGAACAAGAUGGCGCUGGAGCUGCAGAAUAUGGGCGUGCCACAUCGCGUAGACAUGUCAGAUACGACGCAUAAAGACGAGAUUGAGAAUCCGGACAAAGCCGAGGGCUGGAUUGAUACGUCGAGAGGGAAGCGCGAGUUAAGAAGGAUACCGUACCUAGCCAAGUUGAGGAACAGGACGUUGAAGGACCUGAUUGAUUUGCAAAAGAAGGGCCAGCAUUUCGACAAGGUUCUCUUUAUCAACGAUGUUGUCUUUACGACUGAAGAUAUCCUCAAACUAUUGGGUACAAAUGGCGGCGAUUACGCUGCGGCUUGUUCAUUGGAUUUCUCGAGACCACCAGAAUAUUAUGAUACGUUUGCGCUAAGGGAUACUUCUGGCUAUGCGCAUGCGAUGCACACAUGGCCUUAUUUUAAAUCGAGUGUUUCAAGGAAUGCGCUCGUUAACCAUCUAGAUGCCGUGCCUGUCGCGAGUUGCUGGAACGGAAUUGUUGCCAUGCCUACUGAGCCUUUCACUUCAUCUUCGAAACUCCAGUUCCGCGGCAUUCCAGAUUCCUUAGCAAAACAUCACCUCGAAGGCUGCGAAUGUUGUCUGAUACACGCAGAUAACCCUCUCACAAAAACUCGAGGUGUAUAUCUCAACCCACACGUCCGUGUAGGCUACAACUCGGCUGCAUACAAGGCUGUGCAUCCCGAGCAAGGUGCCUGGGUGUCUACAUGGCAGAUCUUCUCUGGCCUCUGGGUUAAUCGCGUUAUGCGAUGGGUGUCGGCGCCCUUUGACUCGUGGGUGGUGAGAAGGCGUGUGGCGGCGUGGGAGAAGGAGGGCAUGGGGAGAAGAGAGCCUGGUGAGUUUUGUCUCAUUAACGAGAUGCAGGUUCUUGUUGAGCGAGGUUGGGCUCAUGUUUAG